AUGCGUGUCUCAUUCCCAACAGCUCUUGUAGCCUUUGCAACUGGCACUUCAGCAGCUGGUACUCUAGGUUUCGCCCUGGGUGUCAAGCGCGUAGACGGCUCGUGCAAGGCUACAGGCGAUUACGAGGGCGACUUUGACGCCAUCCAAAGCAACAGUGGCAGCACAGUGGUCCGCGUCUUUGAUGCGUCCGAGUGCGAUGUGGUAGCACAGAUCCUUCCUGCCGCUCAGUCUAAGGGCUUUGGUGUCGUCCUCGGCGUCUGGCCCGAUACAGAUGGGCAAUACAACGCCGGCAAGGCCGCGAUCGUCAACACCGCCGUCAACUUCAAGGACCAGAUUGUUGCGGUGACUGUCGGUUCCGAGGGUCUCUAUCGCGGGACGUAUACCCCGGACUUCCUCGUUGGAAGGCUGAACGAUCUUCGAGCCGCGGCUCCCGAUUUCAAGUACGGUACCGGCGACACGUGGAAUCGCUUUGCGGACGGCACUGCCGACCCCAUCCUCCAAGUCUCGGACAUUGCCCUUGUCAAUGCCUUCUCCUACUGGCAGGGCGCCAGUAUUGGAGCGGCACCCGGUGUCUUCCAGGACUCCAUCGGCCAGGCUUUCAACCACAUCAACUCGGUCAAGCCUGGCAUACCGCUGUGGGUAGGCGAGACGGGAUGGCCAUCUCGGGGUACCACGUACCAGAAUGCCGUGCCCACCGUCAAGAAUGCAGAAAUAUACUACCGACAGGCUGUGUGUGGAUCCCUGGGCAGCGGAACCAACGUCUUUGUAUUUGAGGCGUUUGAUGAGCCCUGGAAGCCGCAGUCUGUCGGCGAGGACGGCAGCUCGGCGGAUGAGACGAGCUGGGGUGUCAUGACAGCCGAUAGGCAGCUCAAGUACAAUCUCAUGUGCUGA